CACACCGCUCACCCACCACAGCUGACCUCGAUAAAGAUUGUCUGUCCCUGUCUUGUUUAAUAGUUCGACUCACCCGACCGUCAUGCUGUCUCCGAAGAAAAACUGUCCCACUUUUUUUAAACACUAAUGGCCUGUUUUAUCACAAUACUAAGACCCUUGAUAAGUGAACGUAAAUGUUUAUUCGUGUGAUGCGCCUGUGUCUGGGGAAAGAUUGACACGUCAAGAGAGUGAAACGUUUUCGAUCAAAGAACUCGGUACUAGCUCUUCUCCCGAAACCACACACGCGUAUCAACGUCACCAGCUCUCGAUGACAUUGCGUGCAGCCCACGUUGGGGACUCUUGUUAAUUAUCCCACUCAUUAAUAGUUUUGAUUAAUUAGAGAGUUUGAAUUUGAACAUGUCAUACGUGCAGCCCUUCGUACCGCCUUUUACAACAGGUAUGUUCCCGGGCAACUCGCCGUCGUUUUCGAUGAGAAGCAUCUUAAAUUUAGCGGAGCAGCAGCCGCCGUAUCGCGGUCAGACGGCGGGAUAUCAGCAAGGCAUGCCGACGGAUCCCAACUUCUACUGCGGGCUCCAGGAGGACUGCAUGCUCCCUGAUCCAGGAUCCAUGCCACCCACCUGCGACUUCACUGGAGCCCCUAACACCGUCUACCCGGCCCAGCCGCAGCAGCGGGAUCCCCACACCGUAGACCCUGGCUCCGUACCUAUAGCGGUAACAGCUGCAGCUACCUCAGACGGAACUCCAUGCUCUUUCCACCCCGACACAACAGGCGAAAUAAAUCUCAGAGACAUCGGCGGAGAUGAUGCGGCACCCAACGCCAAUCCAGGGAACACCCUUCAGUCUACUGAAAGCAAACACUCAUCAAACAACAUUAAGAGGUCGGCCUGUGCAAAACAACAACACCAGCAACAACAACAGCCGUCGAGUACGACGUUAAAACCACCCAAACCUUCCCGGCAGCGUCGUAAGCCUAGAGUUCUCUUUUCCCAGGCCCAGGUCUACGAGCUAGAACGUCGUUUCAAACAGCAACGCUAUUUAUCAGCACCAGAACGGGAGCAGAUGGCGAACGUCCUGAAGCUGACACCGACACAGGUCAAGAUCUGGUUCCAGAACAGGCGAUACAAGAACAAGAAACAACGUGAGACGAAGACCAUUGAUUUAGGGACGGCCACUGCGGUCGCGGCCGCAGCCGCAGCGGCGAGACAUCAGCAGAACAACGAUCAGUACCCACCGCGUCGUGUGGCCGUUCCGGUUCUCGUGCGGGACGGUAAACCCUGUACCGGGGCGUCCAAUCCUCCACCGUAUACAUACUCCUGCACCAAUUUUAGCUACUCCACCGUCAACAGCGUCACACCGAAUACCCAAACGACAGCUUUCACAAAUUCCUGUAACUAUGAAUACACCACACCACAGAGCGAUCAGUAUCUUGACACGUCAAUCAACAAUAAUAGGACUUGGUGAUGAGGGGCCAUUCUAUCAGUACGUAUGUCCAGUAAUAGUCUUCCAGACUCUUUUGUUAGAUGCUUUUGUCGAUACUGAUUGACUUUCGAACAAUGCCUGAAACAUUUGUGGCAGGAAAGUUUAUAUGAAAAAAUAAUACAGUAUUUACUCCAGAGAUGUGAUAGUGUCUUCGUUAAAGCUGACGUCA